GGAGAUGCAGGAGGAGGAGGAGGCCGUAGUACCACCGGCACCGAGCCACGGAGGACCGAGGAAAGCGCGAUCCUUGUGGCGAGCAUCGUGACUUUUUGACAUCGGAUCGAGGUUCGGUUUGGGUCUGAUAGAAGAUCGAGGUUCGUCCGCUUUUAUGCUGCGCCUGCUGCAAUUGCGGAUGCCUCCUGCCUGCUGCAAGUCGCUGAGCAGUGAGCACACGAGUUUCACCACAUUCUUGAUCCAGCGAAUUAAGAUUGGACGUACCUCAAAAUCAUGCGGGAAAUUCUUUCGUGUCUGUUCUCCGCCGCGCGUUGCGAGUUGUUGGAUCUGCUGCCCUUGCCGAGCUCGUCUCACUUGUAGACUUGUAGAAUUGUCUCUCUCUUUCUCUCCCUUUCUGUCUCAUGCUCAGCUCAGAUGUGCCCUCUCGUGCUUUCUUGCGAUCAAAGCUUUUCAAUCGCCACCCCGCUCUCAAUGACAGUGAGCUCUUCUGCCACCACGAUGUUUUGAGGAAGCUAGCAACGAGAAUUCUCGCACGGCAGAGCGUCCAGAUCUAAGAUCAACAGCGGCCAAGAUGUUGGAACGAGCACUGUCGUUGAGGAGAAAGAUCCUUAGGGCACUCAAGGUCCAGAAUUGGUUUGGGAAAGGUAGCAAUUUGUCGCCGUCGCCGGAUGUGACCAUUCACAAGGCCAAGCCCGAAUUGGAGGAGGGCGCUGCCGAUGGGGUUCCGGCCGGGAUCCGGUACACGUCCGCGCAUUCGGAUUCAGACAUAGGCAUCGUGUGUACGCUGCGGCCCGCUUGCGAGAGGCGAGAGCUGACCCCCAACACUCCGCUGGCGAUUGUCAUCCCUCCAGCGCCAGGCAUCGCGCAAUCGCCUCUGAGGACGCCGGACUGCAGCCGCGCGGGGUCGAGCCGGUCCAGCCCCACGCAGUCUCAUGAAUUCGCUUCGGAGGUGGAAAGGUUUCAGCGCUUGCAGGUGCAGAGGAGGGCCAUCACCAGAGCUCGGUCCAUGCCCCUCUCCAUCGAGGAUCCUAUGAGAAAACUGAGAGAUUCCUACGUCCGGAUGAUGCACCAGAUGGCCCAUGACGACGCCACCCAAAACCCGCUCUCUCCUUCCAGCGCUCUUGUCAUGAACGAAUCCGGCUCGUCCCGCGUUUUCGAUUACGUGCACCGGAAGCGCACUCCUGCCGAUGAAGAAGAAGAAGAAUUCUGUCGUCUACAUGUAAUGAGAACCAAAUUUCAGAGAUCUCAGAGCUCUUUAUGACAUAUUAAGUAGAAUUUGCGACACAUUAGUCAGGACAGUUUAUCGCUGGCGGGCAUCUCUUUCGGUACUCUCAUCGACAGGCUUCGUUUUUGACCGUCCGUGGUCGGACAGACGGUUAAUUCGAAGGAUUUCGAGGGUUUUUCGAGGGCGGAGUCGAGACUGAAGCUCCAAAUGAAUGGGUUUACACGGUGCAGAGGUUUGGCUUGAUUUCUUAGUAGGUUCUGCUGUAGCAGCUUCCUUAUGAUCAUCCAUCAUCAUCGUAUCACAGCACACUGACGUACUUGUUUGUGAGCUGCCUGGUACUAGAGAAUUGAUCUGCUGACGCCUCGAGUCUGCUCCCUGAUUUGUCCUGACCUGUAGAUGUACCCUGGUAGAGGCAGACAAUGUACACUUUAUAACUUUUAUCUCUAUAGUGGGGUUUCUCGAGGCGUGUGGGACGACCUGUGAAGGAUGUGUCAUACACAUGCUCCCGUUGUGGCAUACACUGUACAAUCUGGAAUAAAGGAAAGUCUCCAACGCUGG